GAUGCGAACAAAUCAGAGGAGUUUGGGAAGAAACAAACAAGGUGCGAGUCAGAUUCGAACAAAUCAGAGGAGUUUGGGAAGAAACAAACAAGGUGCGAGUCAGAUUCUUAUGAAUCAGAUGCAAAAUGAGUCAGCAAAAAACACACAAGGUACGAAUACUGUUGGGUAACGGGUUGGAGAAACACCUCUGAAUCCCUUCCAGCCCGGCGGGAUAAUAAACCGACAAACAAGACUUUGACACGUAAUCCCAAUACUAUCCACGUGUAAUGAAGUAUCAACGUGGGUGCAUUAUACUGCUACACGCGAACAGAAAUUAUAUGAUGAAACUUUUUGUUUUCUUAUUUCACCGCCGAUUCCAAGAUCUUUUUCACAAAAAUCUCGAUGUUCACGUCGUCGUCUUCUUCUAUAGCUCGAAUCAUUUUGAGUCGAAGAAAUCCUUUAAGAAUUAUAAUAUCAUCAAAUAUCCAUCUCCGUUCACUUUCUAAUCAAACCCACUUUUCUUCGUUACCAACACCUCCUGUUACUUCUUCAUCAUUUUCAAGACCUAGUUUUUUAAUUCCUUUAAGAUCAUUUUCUGAAAUGGCAAGUCAUUCUAAGAAAACCCAUGGUUCUAUUCACAAUUUCACUGUCAAGGAUGCUAGAGGCAAUGAUGUGGAUCUCAGCACUUACAAGGGAAAAGUUUUGUUAAUUGUCAAUGUCGCUUCACAAUGUGGAUUGACUACCUCAAACUACACUGAGCUUGCUCAAUUGUAUCAGAAGUACAAGGAUCAAGGUUUAGAGAUACUUGCUUUCCCAUGUAAUCAGUUCCGCGGGGAAGAACCUGGAACUAAUGAGGAGAUUGUAGAGUUUGCUUGCACUCGCUUCAAAGCAGAGUAUCCCAUCUUUGAUAAGGUGGAUGUUAAUGGGGACAAUGCAGCACCGAUAUACAAGUUCUUGAAGUCGAGUAAAGGUGGUCUGUUUGGGGAUAGCAUCAAAUGGAACUUUGCCAAAUUCCUCGUAGACAAGGAAGGCCAUGUUGUUGAUAGAUAUGCACCCACUACCUCCCCUCUCAGCAUCGAGAAAGACAUUAAGAAGUUGUUGGGAGCCUCAGCUUAAUUUAGGGCCUUGGCCUUUUGCAAGAGCGAGAUAAGUGCGACCGUGGUAAAAGAAAAUACACUUUUCUGUAACACUCUACACUUUACUGAAACACUGUAUGUGGUAAUAAUUUGGUGUUGGUAAUAACAUUCUGCCGGGAUCUUUCAGAAUAACUGUGGGUUUCUUUCA